AUGAAGGCGCUGCAGGCCUGGCUCCUGUGUCUGCUGCUGCUGGGCCCAGCCCUGCGGGGGGCUGCAAGCCGAGCCCACCAGCACUCCAUGGAGAUCCGCACCCCUGACAUCGAUCCUGCCUGGUACACGGGCCGCGGAAUCCGGCCAGUGGGCCGCUUUGGCAGGAGGAGGGCAGCCCUGGGGGAUGUCCUGCAGCGGGGCCUCAGGCGCCAGCAGGUCUGCUUCCUCCUGGAAGGAGGUGCGGAGUCCUCCCAGGAUGAGUGA